AUGGGGGUUCACCAAAUGAAAAUGGCCCUUAUUUUCAGUGUGACUUACUUAUGUUUUCUUGUUCCUGUUCUUCAAGCAACACUUCCAAAUGCCACCAUCUCAGAUCUGUCCUUCAAAAACAUGGACUUUGCCAUGGACCUUUACAGGAAAAUAUCAAGUUACCACGACAAGAACAUCUUUUUCUCACCCCUGAGCAUCUCUACGAGUUUCGCUGCCCUCUCCUUAGCUUCUGGCGGCAUCACACAAAGGGAAAUCCUGAACGUGCUCAACCUGGAGCAGCUGGACACGGCUGACCAGCCAGAACUUCUCCCGAGACUCUUUCAACUCCUACAUGAGAACAUCUCCCAAAACGGCUCUCUGAAAGUAGAACAAAGCAUGGCCCUCUUUCUCCAACAGCAUUUUGAAGUAGAGAGGGAAUAUGAAAACCAAAUGUCGAAAUUUUUUGAUGCCGACAUCAAACGUGUAGAUUUUUCUAAUGUAGAAGGAAGUAUCACGUUCAUCAAUGAGUACAUCAAGCAGAAGACAAGAAACAAAGUUACAGAUGUGAUUUCUUCCUUAGACGAAGGGACUCAGCUACUGCUAGUCAACACUAUUUUCUUCCAGGGAGACUGGCAGAUGCCUUUUGACCCUGAUUUCACUAGAGAUGCGCCAUUUCAUCUCAACAACUACCAUAUUGUUGAAGUGCCCAUGAUGUCCAAAGAGGACAAGUUUUACACAAUGGAAGAUCUUCGUCUUGGUGCAAAAGUGCUUAAACUGCCAUACAAGGAAGGUGUGUCCAUGCUAAUCCUGCUCCCCAACAAAGGCAUGGACUACACGACUAUUGAUGACCAAAUCAGUGCUGAGAGAUUCCAGAUCUGGAUUAAAGGGCUGAGAAAAAUCAAACUGGAAGUCAACAUGCCAAAAUUCAAGCUGGAGAGGGCCUAUUCUCUGCACAACCUUCUGCCAGAUAUGGGCAUGACUAGUCUAUUUACUACUUCAGCCAUCCUAUCGAGGCUCAGUAGCGGUAGCGGCCUUAAAGUGUCGGAGGUGCUGCACAAGGCUGUGAUCGAGGUGGAUGAGACUGGGACAACCGCGGCAGCCGCAACCACGAUCGGCAUCAUGCCAUACUCCCUGCCACGGAUGUUCAUCAUCAACAGACCCUUCUUCUUCUUCAUAUACCACGAGGACACAAACUCUCUGCUGUUCAUGGGCAGGGUGAUCGACCCCACCAAACAGUAGUUGUCACCACUCUUGCGGCUUGCAUGGUGAUAUUGUGUUUAUUCAGGAGAGGCUAGUGUAGUAUAUCAUCUUGCUGUCCUGUAAAAGUAAUAUAGGCCUUGCAUUUUUUUUCUUUUGGAUUGAAUUAGUAUUUGUUGUAACUUUAAACGGAAGACAACUUGAACUUCAUCAGAAAAGUGUUAGAUGUAUAGUUACGAGAAACAUGUAAUCUACUCACUUUCUCAAGGAUGAAUGUCUUGUCAAAUAGGUCUAGUAAGAUGUUUCAGUAAGCCACUGGUUUCAAGUGUUAAAGCUGUAGCUGCUGACUAAUAAAAGUUUUAAACAAUAUCACUACCACCCAAAUGAAAAACAAACAAAAGUCUCAGCUUUCAGGCUGGAAAAACUCUCCAGAUUAUUUAUUAAAAAUUCUUUAAAAUAUACCAUACAACUUAACAUCAAUAUAUUUCUUAAACAUAUUUUUUAAAAACUAAAAAAACAUAACAGAUGACCAAAGCGCUGUGCAUAAUAUGGAUGAGAAAAACUUAAGAAUAGCACAUAUUAAAAAGAUGUAUGCAAACACCAAAUCGCUUCCAUUCCCAAAAAUCAAAUUCCCAGUGAAAAAAAACUAUUCUUGAUAAGUAACAUAAACUUACUAAAAAGGUGGAGCCAGAAUUGAGUAUAUCUCAAUUGAUUUUUUUUCUUGCAUAUUGUUUGAACAUGUGUUAUUGUGAGAUCUGGCCAUUUUACCUAAUUAUGUCCCCAAAACACUCAAAGUAUUAGAAAAUGUAAAACUCUCAUUACUUUGAUCACCUUACACACAACAUAACUAUUAAAGAGACGGUUCACUUUUUUUUUGUCCACGUUGGACUAAAUAAAGUUUUUCAAACCACGUGAUCAAUACUGUCAUGGCUGCCCCCUCGUGCAGUGCGUGGCCGUCUUCAAAAAAGUAGCUGCAUUUGGAUAUUGCGGACCUUGAAUCAAGUUAAGGUAAACUCGGGGUGUUUUUCAUUGUUCGUGUUCGUUUUCAGACUAAAAACCUUUUAUAGUGGGACACGCUUUCGUGCCUCAGUCGCCACGUUGGCCAUUAUUUCUAAGUUCUGCCGGGUCCAGCUGUAGGGAAAUGAAGACGCAGAAGAUGAAGCCCAAGAACAAGCGCUUCUCCUCCGGGGUGAAGCGGCCGGUCAAAAGGACCAUCAACAUGAGAGGAACGUGGAAAGCGAUAGAGGUCGACCCCAGCCUGUUCUCGGAGGAGGGCUUGGAGGGGCUGGUGUGUUUCGAGGAGCUGACGAACUACCGCCUGGUAGACACCGAGAAGGCUGCCGCCAAGGCGGCUAAACAGCUACAGAAGGAGGAGAAAAAACACAAGAAGAGAAAGAUUAGCGAGCCACCGGAGGCCGGGGAGAAUGGAGAAGAGCCAACCGAACCGGCCGGGAAAAAGGCCAAAAAGAAGAGAAAGAAGACGAAAGCCACUGCAGAGGAGUCGGUUAAAUCACACGACGCCGGUGAAGAAGAGCUGAAACAGGAGGAGAAGAAUGCCUGUCAGGAGGGGGGAGAGGCUAAAGUGUCAGAUGAAGCUGCGGAGGACUCUGAAGGUGGCACACAGGCAGGUAAAGCCAAGAAGAGAAGCAAAGAGAGGAAGAAGAAGAAACCCAGACAGCGGACAGAAGAAGAUGAAGGCACCGCGGGACAGGCCAACCUUGAAGCUCCAUCAGAAAAAGAAAAGCCCAGUCAGGAUCGGUCACCGAAGCCCCCCAAAAAGCAAGCCAAAAACUGGACCAACGCAGCGCGCUCUGGUUGUGAAGAGAUGAGUUCAGACGUGAGUGCGUGGAAGGACCUGUUUGCCCCGGCCCCUGUGCUGAGGGCUCUGAGCAGUCUUGGGUUCGGUUCACCCACACCCAUUCAAGCCCUGGCGCUGCCUCCGGCCAUCAGAGAUCGUUUGGACAUACUGGGAGCUGCCGAGACCGGAAGCGGGAAAACACUGGCCUUUGGUAUUCCCAUGAUUCACGCCAUCCUGGAGUGGAAGAGCGGCUCCGAAGAAAAUGCCGACGACGGCGGCCAACCAGUUGAGAGUUUGUAUUUGCCACCUGUGGAGGAGCCCGCGGAGUCGGGAAGCCCAACGGAAGCGGACGGGGAUGCAAACUCGGACGCAUCAGAGGAAGGAGGUCUCUCUGAUCCGGAGGAGAAGGAUCCGAAUGAGCUGCCGGGAUGUGUUCAGGUGAUUGAAAAGGCAGAGUUUGACCUGGACGCAGACGCAGCCGCCGGCCGCCGCCAGCCGCUCCUGGGUCUGGUUCUCACUCCCACCAGGGAGCUGGCAGUUCAGGUCAAGCACCACAUCGACGCCGUCGCAAAAUUCACAGAUAUCAAAACGGCCAUAGUGGUGGGCGGAAUGGCACAGCAGAAGCAGAGGAGGAUGCUGAAGCGCAGGCCCGAGAUCAUUAUCGCCACUCCAGGGCGUUUGUGGGACUUAAUAAAGGAACGACACCCUCACCUGCUCAACCUCAGGCUGCUCAAGUGUUUGGUCAUCGAUGAGGCCGAUCGCAUGGUGGAACGAGGUCACUUUGCAGAGCUGGAGAGUCUCCUGGAGAUGCUGAACACCACACACUUUAACCCCACCAGGCAGACCUUUGUGUUCUCCGCCACCCUGACGAUGGCUCACGUUCUCCCCACCCGUCUGCUUCAGAAGAAGAAGAAGAAUCUGGACAAGAGGAGCAAACUGGAAAUCCUGAUGGAGAAGGUGGGAAUCAGGUUGAAACCCAAAGUCAUAGACCUCACCAGGAAGGAGGCGACGGUGGAGACGCUGACCGAGACCCAGAUCCACUGCCAGAAGGAAGAGAAGGACUUCUACCUCUAUUACUUCUUGCUUCAGUAUCCGGGGCGCACCAUGGUGUUCGCCAACAGCAUCGACUGCAUCAAGAGGCUCAACUCUCUGCUGGUCAUCUUGGACUGCACUCCGCUGCCUCUGCAUGCCAACAUGCACCAGAAGCAGCGUCUGAAAAACCUGGAGAGGUUUGCUGAGAGGGAGAGCUGUGUUCUUCUGACUACCGACGUGGCGGCGAGAGGCCUGGACAUCCCUGAUGUCCAGCAUGUCAUUCACUACCAGGUGCCCAGAACAUCGGAGACGUACGUCCACCGCAGUGGCAGGACGGCAAGAGCCACUAAAGAGGGCCUCAGCCUGCUGCUGACCGGUCCAGACGACAUGGUGAACUUCAAAAAGAUCUACAAGGCUCUGGGAAAGGACGAGGAGCUUCCCACCUUCCCCGUAGAGUCUAAAUGCAUGGAGGCCAUCAAGGAGCGCGUGAAUCUGGCCCGGAAGAUAGAAAAGAUUGAGUUCUACAACAGCAGAGAAAAGCAGCAUGACUCCUGGUUCAGACAGGCAGCAGAAGCCCUGGAGUUGGACCUAGAUGAGGAUAUUUUACUGGGUGGCGGAAAAGAUGACGAUGAUGACAGAGAGCAGCGCAAGAUGGUGAAGGGAAUGAAAAAGCAUUUGAAGCUGUUGACCUCUCAGCCAAUCUUCAGGGAUGUGAUAAAGACCAAAUACCCGACACAGCUGGGGAAACUGCCCCCGAUGUUUCAUUCAGGGAUUGAAAGUGCCCUGACCACGGUUUCCACACAACAAAACAAACAGAAGUUAAAGAAAGCUGUUCAGCCCCAGCAGAAAAAGCAGAAGCAGAGGAAAGGAAGGCGGCAGGAGGAGCAGUGA